GCUAUAUUUUAUUUAAAAAAGCUGUUUUUGUUUCUUUUUUUUUUUAAUUAUAACUUUUUUUAAUUUAUAACAUUAAUAGCAAACUAACGUUUUUUUUAACUUUUCAUCAACUAAAACUUUAUGGCAGUCUAUGGGGGAGGCCUAUGUGCAGUGAAAUGGUUAUGAUGAUAUGGACGGUGUCUGCUGUACUUCUCAACAUGAUUGGACAGGGCAUGGUUCUAAGCUACCCAUCGAGUCUUCUUCCUGGUCUUCAGUCAGAAAACUCUACAAUCAAAGUUGAUUUUAACACUGCAGCGUGGCUCUCAUCAUCGAUCGGAUUAGCUGGAAUACCGGGUUUCUUGCUCUCCUCGUACUUCAUGGAUAUAUGGGGGCGCAAGGUGGCGCAUGGACUCAUCAUUAUACCGGGAACAAUUGGAUGGUCUUUAGUCUAUGCCGCCAACAAUAUCCCAACGUUAAUGAUUGCCCGGAUUUUAGGAGGAAUGACAGCUGGAGGUACUGUGGGUUUAGGUGCAGUGGUCAUCGGUGAAUACACAGACCCGAAACAUCGAGGAAUGUUUCUAAAUUUAAAAACAGCAGCAGUCUGCAUGGGAGGUAUGCUGGUGCAUGCACUUGGUCAUUUUGUGGACUGGAGAACGAUUGCCCUCGUCGCUCUCGUGCCUCAUAUUUUAGCGUUAGGAAUUAUUUGCUCAUGGCCAGAAAGCCCAUCAUGGUUGGCGUUAAAGAAACAAUUCGAGAAGAGUGAACAAUCAUUUUACUGGCUACGAGGAAAGACAACGCAGUCCAGAAAAGAAAUCGAAGAACUUAUCCGAGCGCAGAAGGAAAGUCUACAGCUGUCUUCUAAAAAAAUAUCACUGGGUGGCCGUAUAAAGGAGUUUUUUAGAAAAUUUUUGAGAAAAGACUUCACUAAACCUCUUGUAAUCGUUAUCCUCGGCACAUUCCUAUUAGAGGCAUCUGGGAGACAUAUUUUCCCAGCGUACGCGAUAAAAAUAAUAAAUGCAGUUACUGGAGAUAGUUCACAGUCGUUCUACUAUACUCUAGCUAUAGACAUAAUAAUUACAACAAGUGCUGUGUUUUCAUCAAUACUAGUCAAAAUGUUUAAGAGAAGAACAUUGCUUUUUGUUAGCGGUUUUAGCGCAGUAGCUGUUCUUAUGAGUGUGUGUUUAUAUUUAUUCUUAGUAUCCCGGGAUCUCAUCUCGAGUGAACGUACUUGGAUACCUAUAAUGAUGUUUGUUGCUUACUUCAUAUUGGCAAAUUUGGGUUGUACUCCUAUACCUUUGGCCUUGAUUGGAGAGGUGUUUCCUCUAGCUCAUAGAGGUAUAGGGUCGUGUUGUGGUGGGCUUUCAUUAUCAAUUGUUCUGAAUAUUGGUUUACAAGUUGCCCCAUAUUUAAUGGCUAGUGUUAAAGUGUAUGGUACUUUUGCAAUUCUUGGAGCCACCACUGGAAUAGUUUUAAUGAUUUUGUUCUUUAUACUCCCCGAAACUAAAGACAAGACCUUACAAGAAAUCGAUGAUUACUUCAAAUAUGGCAAAUUUAAAGAUGUUAGAGAAAAUAAUGAUGAUGAUGAAGUAAAUGUAAAAAUGAUUACGUAAUGAAGAUAUUUUUAUUCAAAUUUCGACGUCAGUGCAUAUAUUUUUAACAUACUCAUAACAAUACUCUAUAAUAGGAACAAAAUAACAUAAAUAGAUAGAUGUUGCAUUUAAAUAUAAAUUCACUUUAUAUCUUACUUUACAUAGUUUAGAUGUUUUUUUAUACAUUGUGAGUACUUUUUUGUGUAGAAGGUAAUGAAUAAAUAUUGAAAACAUAA